UUUUUGGUGGAUUCUGCUUAUAUUUUUUCCAGGAAAUGUUCACUGUUACAGUAACAUAUGUAAAGGAACUAAAUGUAUAGCCACACAAAGUUCUAUAAGAAAACGCUUAUCAGCAGAAAAAGUGAUCGACGGACAUAUUCAACAAAAUGAAGAUAACUGUUCACAUACUAAAGUUAAUAGAACAGAACCAGCAUGGGUUAUGGUGGACUUAAAAAAAGAAUAUCAACUGAAAAACAUUAUUAUUUAUUACAGAGAUGAAGGAACCAUAUGGAAACCGUACCGAUUUAGGCAAUAUGGAAUAGAGGUAUCCAAUACGUCCCAUGAACAACAGUGGACCCUAUGUUACAAAGAUAACACAACGAAUGCCACGACACCUCCCAGUAAGCAGGAUAUUACAUGUGAAGAAACAGCAAGAUACCUCAGAAUUAUAACAGAUUAUGAUGCCCCUGAGGAUGAUAAAUAUGGAAUCACAGGUCCUAUGCUUGAAAUAUGUGAAAUUCAAAUUUAUGGAGAUCUUCCUGGGAAUAACGGUCAAGCAGGUAAACCUUGUGGAAAGAACUGUCGCGAUGACUCCUGUGAUGGGCAUGACGGAAGAUGUAGCAAUGGAUGCAUUCCUGGAUAUCAUGGGUCCCAUUGUAAUCAGCCCUGUAGUACAAACUGUGAAAAGAAAGUCUGUGAUCAGAGGAAUGGCAACUGUUCAUGUGUCCCUGGAUGGAAGCCACCAUAUUGUAAUGGUUGUCUACCUGGAUACUUUGGCCCAGCAUGUCAGCGUUGUAGCAGGAACUGUCGUGAUGGUUCUUGUGAUGGACGUGACGGUAGAUGUAUCAGAGGAUGUAGUACAGGAUAUUAUGGAUCCUAUUGUGAACAGAUCUGUAGUAAAAACUGUGAAAACAACGUCUGUGAUCAGACUUAUGGGAACUGUACGUGUGUCCGUGGAUGGAAGCCACCAUAUUGCAAUGGUUGUCUACCUGGAUACUUUGGCCCAGCAUGUCAGCGUUGUAGCAGGAACUGUCGUGAUGGUUCUUGUGAUGGACGUGACGGUAGAUGUAUCAGAGGAUGUAGUACAGGAUAUUAUGGAUCCUUUUGUGAACAGAUCUGUAGUAAAAACUGUGAAAACAACGUCUGUGAUCAGACUUAUGGGAACUGUACGUGUGUUCGUGGAUGGAAGCCACCAUAUUGCAAUGGUUGUCUACCUGGAUACUUUGGCCCAGCAUGUCAGCGUUGUAGCAGGAACUGUCGUGAUGGUUCUUGUGAUGGACGUGACGGUAGAUGUAUCAGAGGAUGUAGUACAGGAUAUUAUGGAUCCUAUUGUGAACAGAUCUGUAGUAAAAACUGUGAAAACAACGUCUGUGAUCAGACUUAUGGGAACUGUACGUGUGUCCGUGGAUGGAAGCCACCAUAUUGCAAUGGUUGUCUACCUGGAUACUUUGGCCCAGCAUGUCAGCGUUGUAGCAGGAACUGUCGUGAUGGUUCUUGUGAUGGACGUGACGGUAGAUGUAUCAGAGGAUGUAGUACAGGAUAUUAUGGAUCCCAUUGUGAUCGGACCUGUAAUGUAAACUGUAAAAACCACGUCUGUGAUCAGACUUAUGGCACCUGUUCCUGUGUUCCUGGAUGGAAACCACCAUAUUGUAAUGAAAGCUGUAGCUCAAACUGUGUUGACAAAGAAUGCUAUACAAAUGGAGACUGUAUAAAGGGUUGUGUGCAAGGAUACUGGAAAAACAAAUGUCAAGGACAAUGUCCAUCGAAUUGCAAAAUGGGGUGUGAUAGAAAAAAUGCAGACUGUAAUUCUUGCCGCAACGGCUAUUGGGAUAGGAAAUGUCAGAAAGAAUGUUUAUCAAAGUGUUCGGAACUUAAAUGUGAAAAAUCUCGGGGAUACCUUUUGUGUAAAGGGUGCCUUUCCGGGUACUAUGGCGCGUACUGUGAUCAAGUCUGCGGAAAUUGUAGCACUGGUACCUGUGAGAAAGACAGUGGAAAUUGUGGCGCCUGUAAAGCGGGAUUUUACGGAGUAAUGUGCAAACAAACAUGUAGCAACACCUGCCAUAAUAGGGAAUGUAUAAAAAUAACUGGAUAUUGUAGUAAUGGUUGCAACAAUGGAUUUUAUGGUUCAUUUUGUAAUAUGAAAUGCAGUCAAAACUGUGCACAAGCCAAAUGUUUUCGAAAUGGAACUUGCACUAAUGGAUGUAAACAAAACUGGUCAGGCAGCACAUGUGACGGAUGUAUUGUCGGGAAAUUUGGCACUGACUGUCACAGGUCUUGUAGCGCGGGUUGCUUAUCCAGUUGUCAUCAAAAUGACGGAAGUUGUCAAUGUAAAAAUGGCUGGCAGGGUCAAAACUGUGAUGAAUGCGACUUAAACCAUUAUGGACUUGAUUGCUCCAAAAAAUGUAGUGUAAAUUGUAAAAGGAAGAUCUGUAACAAUGUUACUGGAUCCUGCACCUAUGGAUGUGAGAAGGGAUUUUAUUUGGAAAAGUGUGAACAAACAUGCAGUACGUUAUGUCCGUCAGCCUGCAACAGACACUCAGGGGAAUGUGAGGACGAAUGUUUUGUUGGCAAGUAUGGAGAGUUUUGUAAUAAAACUUGCAGCCGAACAUGUAAAGAUGGAUGCAGUAAAAUCGAUGGUUUAUGCUCUUCCGGUUGCAUUGACGGAAAAUUUGGCACUGACUGUCUAAAGACCUGUAGUGGUGGGUGCAAUUCCGGUUGUCAUCAAUCCGAUGGAAGUUGUUCCUGUAAAAUAGGAUGGCAGGGCAAAUACUGUGGUGCAUGUACACCAGAUUACUACGGAAAAAAUUGUGAUCAGCAAUGUAGCUCCAAUUGUCUAAACGAAACCUGUUUUUCAAACAACGGGUCUUGUAUAGGUGGGUGCAAAGGCGAAUUUACGGAUGAACAAUGUAUGACAGCCCUCGUUGUAGGUGACUCGACAUCGUUACCGAUUACAGCCAUUGGUGCUGGACUGGGCGCUGGAUUAUUUCUGUUGGUCAUAAUAAUCAUUAUUGUCAUUUUUCUCAGACGGCGAAAGAAUUCUUAUUCCAAAUCAAAUGCAGUUCUGUUUCGAAAGGAAGGCACCCAAUCUAUAGAAAACAGAUUAUGCAUCAACAUUGGAGACGGUCCCGUUACAAUUGAGGACCCAGAAGAGGAACCACAGAUAGAGAACCCCGAGGAGGCUGUGUAUUAUAAUGAUCUGUCUGUGGCUAAGGAUGUCGCUGUGUCUGAUCUACUAAAGAUAAUCACUCAGAGGGAAGCCAAGGAAAAAGAAGGAUUCCUUAAAGAGUUCAAGAUGCUGCCAUACGGAGAAAGAUUUGACUGUGAAAUCGCUAAAUCAAAAGAAAAUAUGACCAAAAACAGAUUCAAAACCGUAUUUCCAUAUGAUCAUUCACGCGUUGUUUUAGAUACUAGCCAGGGCUUCACGUCCGAUUACAUUAAUGCGAACUACAUUGAGAAUAUGGAAGGGGAACGGGACUUCAUUGCAUGUCAAGGACCUCUUAAAAACACUUUAGUUGACCACUGGAGAAUGAUUUGGCAGGAGAAUGUAGAAUAUAUUGUUAUGUUAACCAACCUUACUGAGGGACCAAAGGUGAAAUGUCAUCAAUACUGGCCAGACAAAGGACAAGAGCUGGAUGUCAAUCCCUUUACAGUAACCUUGGUGGAAGAGAAGCAGUACGCUUAUUUCGUCGAAAGAAGAAUGACACUGUGUAACAAGAAGGUUACUGGGUCAAGGACGAUCGUCCAGUAUCACUACACACGAUGGCCAGAUCACGGGACUCCAAAUCCUCUGAACUUGAUCGUCUUCCACCGUCACUUCAGACACAAGUCCAGAUCAACCCAACACCCAAUUAUUGUUCACUGCAGUGCUGGAAUUGGAAGAACAGGGACAUUUAUUGCCCUUGACGUUCUGUGUAGAUAUGGCAAGGACAAGGGCAAGGUCAAUGUCAUAGAGUAUGUCAAGGCCAUGCGUAGAGACAGGAUGACAAUGAUACAGAAUGUG